UCAGCUUCAUCGCUGGAUGAGUUGCUGCAGCGGUAGGUGACACGUAACGAAAGGUGCGAUUAGGCCGUUGCAAACUUCAGAUAGUUAGUAAAAAGACUGUUUUUCAUUAUGUAAGAAACUUAACAGCGCUUCGACUAAGCACGAGGACCGACUAGGACCGUGUUCGUCACUUUUUAAAUCUGUUGAAUGUCUUUGGAAAACUUGGCAAAGCGUGAGACUUUUGUAAACAAUUCAGAUACGUAAGUCGUACGAGCAACCGUCCACGAUUAUAAUGUUUCAUGAGGAAUCUCAGAGAGGACGGAGCUGUUUCUAUAUCGAAGAGUGAAGAGAAAAUCAUUCCCUGGAAAGUUUCUGUGGAAUCCAGGAGAGGAGGAGGGAACAUGGGCAACGGCGUGUGCUCCAGGAAGCAGAGGAAGAUUUUCCAGUCUCUCUUACUGGUAACGGUGGUUUUCGGGAUGAUCUACGGUGGGAUGUUUUCUUACGAGAUGCACAAACAGCUGAAAAGGACAGAGGAGAUGGCCGUGAAAUACCAGCAGCACCAGGAGUCUCUUUCCGCUCAGCUUCAAGUUGUGUACGAGCAUCGCUCCAGGUUGGAGAAAUCUCUUCAGAAAGAGCGGCUGGAGCAUAAAAAAGCCAAAGACGAUUAUCUAAUGUAUAAAAUAGAGGCUCAGCAAUCUCUCAACAAAGAAAAGCAAGAUGCUGGCGUCAGGUUUAAUUCCCUGCAUUCCCAGCAUCAGAUUUUGAAGAAUCAGCAUGACGACCUGAAAAAGCAGUAUUAUGAACUACAAGAGCGACAUCAGCUGCAAGGAGAUGAACACAACAAGGCAAUAGAUGAACACAAACAGAGACUCGACCAGCUUCAUCAGACUAAAGAGUCUGAGAUCAAGAGUCUCAAAGAUAACAUAUAUAACCUACGUGAGGAGAACAAGCAGCUGAGAAAAGCUCAUCAGGAAGUCUAUGUGCAGCUUCAGGACACCAGGCAACAGCACAAGAACUUAAAAUCUGCCCACGACCAGCUUGUGUUGACCCUGGAGGACCACAAGAGUGCGCUAGCUGCGGCCCAGGUUCAGGUGGAUGAGUAUAAACAGCUGAAGGAAACGCUCAAUAAGAUGCCCAGUCUAAGACAUGCUGCAGGCCAGCCCCAGCCACACGAAGCCGCUCAUCCCAUCCAGCCGGGCCAGAAUGGGAACGAAGAGGAGCAUCAUCAACCCCAGAAUGCUCAACCAGAGGUGGAGAAACAUGACGAGGUUGAGAAGCCUCAGCCACACCACAAAGAGGAAGAUGGAGAAAUGGGAGGAGCUGAAGAGAGGAGGAGAGAACUGGCAGAGGAGGAGAUGGAGCAGGCGGGGCAGCCACAGAAAUUGGAGGAGGAGUUUGAUGUGGCGCAUAAUGGGGAGGAGGAGCCACAGGCCAACCAACCAGAUGAAAAUGCGCUGGAAAGGGAGCAACGUCACGCUCAUGAGGUGGCGCCAGCUGAGGCUCACGUACAGCACGCUCAGGUAGAGCGAGUGAAGUCAGCGUACGAACAGCAGCAGGAGCAGCAGCGUUUGGCUGCACAGCUGGCGGAGGAGCGCAGACAGCUGCACCUGCGUCAGGAGGCCCUGCAGAAGCAGCAGCUGCAGCAGCAGAAGGAGAGAGAGGAGAGACUGCGUCUGCAGAAAGAGAGAGAGGAACAGCAGAACAGAGAAGCCGAUCUUAAAGAGCAACAGCUCCGGCAAGAAAUGCUCCGGAAAAAGGUUCAUUAUGAAAACUUGGAUGCUGAUAUAGUCCAAGGAGAAGAAGAGCAACAGAUAGCUGAGGAGAAAGAGGUGAAUGCACACCAUGAGGAGCCAAGGCAAGAUGAAGCAGAUCAUGUUCAUCAUGAAGAUGAGCGACCUGUAGAAGGGGAUGUUGAUCCGGAGGAUGACCCCAACAACCAGGGGGAGGAUGAGUUCGAGGAGGCGGAGCAGCAGCAGCACCGUGAGGAAGAGGAGGAAGAGGCGGCACCUGUUGGCCACCCUGACAUGCACCUGGCCGUAGAGAAUCAGCACCAGCCGCCUGCUGAAGAACAGCUGGUGAUGGCUGGAAAUCCAGACCAACAGGAAGAUGCUCUGGAAGAGCAAUACCAGGAAGAUGGAGAUGAUGAGGCUCAGGAAGAGCUGGUGGAUAAUCAGAAGCGCGAGGCGGUGCGGGAGGAAGAGGGAGACCCGUAUAAUGAGGAGAAUGGAGAACAGGAAGAGGCCAGAGGUCAGGAUGUAGCAGUGAAGCAGGACAAUCAGCCCGCCCAGCAUCCCAAUGAGGAGAACUACGAAGAAGAAGAGGAGGAAGAAGACGGCAACAAUGAUAAACCGCCCAAUCGCAGGGGAGAAAUGUGAGGUGAUCGAAAGCAAGGACAGCCAAUCGCUGCCACCUGUUUGGAUUGGGUUUGCUCUGGAAAAUUAUGCCGGAAACCAUUCCGUUGGUUCCUGUUGAAUAGGAAACCAGUUUUACUUCCGACUUCCGGUCUGUGUGACUCUGAAACCAAGUUGCGGCAAAACGCCCAACCAAUUACAGACCAAAUGCCCUGCUGUUUGCCUUUACUGUACGUCUAUCUGUAGUUUCUUGUGAAUAAGUCCCGUUAAAUCUUGCGUUUGAUUUCUUCAACUGGACGACAAAUCUGACAGCAGAUUUUAACUACCAGAAACUCUUGCACUGAAAGUUUUGCCAAGUGCCAUUUUUGUGCACUCGAGCUCCACAUGCAAGAUAUAUCCCAUCUUUGAAGUAAAACAGCCUUAUUUUAAUAAUCAAGACUGAUUUUGAUAGACAGGCAGCAGCCGCCAAUCAGCAUUGAAUCCUCACCUGGCCCCGCCCAAACUUGUUAAACUGGUGUUAAUUCAUCCAUCGUGUUAAUGAAUAAUGCAGGAUGGGUUUGGCAAGAUGCUCGGGUCAACAGAUGUCACUACAUGAAUGUUUACAUGUAAUUCAAGCAGAUAGCUGUAGCUGUCAAAAGCUUUUUAAAAGUUACUGUAUGUGCCUAUUUACCGUAGUAGAGUUACAUGCUGCCUAGACGUGAACCAAAAUCAUUCAGUUAAAUACUGAUGUUUCUUCUGCUUUUCACCAAGUGCCUCAUAGAGAUUACAAGAUAAAAAAAUUGCCAGGAUGAAUCCUGAUACCUUUGUCAAAUUUUUUGAUCUGCCAACUACUAGUAUAAACUAGUACUAGUAUUCUACGUGCUACUGGACCUUUAACAUGACCAACAGCAGAGAAACUAAUGGCACAUUGGAAAUCGAAUUAAUGAGACAUAAUAUUUGAAUAUGCGACGAGUGAUUGAGAAAUUGCUGGAUUAGCUUACUCAAAUUUAUUUGUUUUGAAUGUAUGUUAAAUCACUACAAUAUUGAAACAAUUGUAUUUAUUUUGUCUUGUAUUUACUUUGUUUUUUUAUAUAUAUUUUAUAAAAUUAAUCUUGUCACUUUUUUUCUAUUUCCCGGGACGCAUAGGAUUUUUAGAUUUAUUAGUUGAUGUAAUAUUGGUUAAACAAGCUUUUCUGUGUUCAGCUUUAUAUUUAAAAUAAAUAUAUGUAUGUGUGUAUAGAUCUUUUUCUCCCAAGUUUUGUAAAAGUAAGUCAAAUAUAGCCAUUCUGAGAAACAUUUUGUGCCGUUUUGUUGAUAAUGGCAAUGUGAGCGGAAUAAAAAUGGGUGAAGGAUUUAA